AUGCCAUUAAGCGAACGCCCAGUUCACAUAGCACAUUUCAAAGCAGGGAAUUGGGAUAAAUAUUCUCAGUACCUAUCUCGUACAAGUUGUUUAAUUCCAUUUCCACCAUCAUUAUAUGAACCAUUACCACAAAUUAUAAAGAGUACUCUGUUCUUAGAAUUUCCCAUAUAUCGAUUUGAGCCAGAAUCGGGAGGUGAUCCGGGCGAAAAAGAUAAAAAUGUGGGAGAUAAGAAUGAAAGUGUGGGAGAUAAGAAUGAAAGACAUGUAUACCUUUUAAGUAUUAUCGUGAAAGUUUUCAAUAGGGCGUUACGAUGGUCCGCAUUAUACGGUAGUUAA